AGGGUGAAAAUGCAGCUAUCCUACUGCGCAUCCCUGGUGGCGACUAGGGAAAUAGUGCGUCAGUGUCCCGUCUGAGAGGAGGCGUCGAUCAUACAAGCUCCGGAGCCUCUCCUCCUUUUUAGUAUUCCGCCACCAAAAUCAUCCUUUCAAACAUGGUGUCUCUUUAGCAGUGAGGUCAUAUCCCGAUUCCCCCUCGUUCUCGUCGUGGUUUCUUUCCUCAAAGUAUCCAGCUGCCCGCUCACCUCCCACAGACUCUCUAUGUGAAAAGGAUCCAAAAUAUUCCCUCUCCUCAAAGCAAGCCGCUCAAAUCCCAGCAAGCCCCACCUCACCCGUCCGUCCGUCUUCUGCUAGUGGCCUCCUAGACUCUAUCAGGGGAGCCCCCAUGGCCUCUCCCAAACUGGGCCUAUCAGCCACCACAACCUCCUCAUCUUCAUCAUCUUCUGCAUCCAUGUGUCCUCCGCACCCAGGAAGCCCCAGCCGAGUACCCGAGGGUCCCCCGAGCCCCGUGACUCCGACAACGAGUCCAGGCGUGGCGUCGGCCUCAGCCGCUCCCACUCGGGCCCAGUUGAGUCUGGCUCUUAUUUUAGAAGAGCUCCGGGUGCUCCAGCAAAGGCAGAUUAACCAGAUGCAAAUAACAGAGGAGAUCUGCAGACAGGUACUUCGUCUGGGUGGGGCAACUUAUUCUCUGGACACGCCUUCUCAGCAUCUUCUUCCGCCCCUACCUCAACUCUGUCUGGAAGACAAACGGGCCAGCAGCCCCACGAGUCAAACUCCUGCCACUGAGCCUUCCACAAGUGUGGCUCCUCUCCUGGCCUGUUUUUCAACCUUACUUCCCUCCCAAGUGGCCAGCAAACCUUCCAAAUCAAACAACGCCUUGUCUCAAAUCCUGCAAACGUGCAAGCCGCAAAUGGAAGCCGCAGGUGCCGACGCGGGGCUAAAUAGUUACCUGAGAGUCAAAACGCAAUCUUCCGACCAUUCCGCAUCUUCAAGCGCUGCCAUGACUUCCUCCGCCUAUCCGCUGGCUUUAUCCUUGGCUCUACCGAGCCAUUAUUUCAACGAGAAAGCUCCAAAUGACAUCUCCGUGAGCGAGCACUGCGGCAAGAGCUACCUAAACGCGGCCCUCUCGUCGGUAUCCCCAAACGCACAAUCUGCUUUGCAAUCGCUCUCUGGAGUGGCCAACCUUUCAUCUACCUCUUCCUCCGGCAGUACCAGCCGUCUCCAGCACGCUUGCCGCUUUUGCGGCAAGGUUUUUAGCGGGGACUCGGCCCUGCAGAUACAUCUGCGAUCGCAUACCGGCGAGCGGCCCUACCAGUGUCCCGUGUGCCUGAGUCGCUUCACCACCAGAGGCAACCUCAAAGUGCAUUUCUUACGCCACCGUGAGCAAAACCCAGAGCUCUCCCUUUCCCUCCUUCCACCAUCUUUGUUCGGCGUGGCUAUGCGGCCCACUGCGUCCACAGAUACGAGUCCGACCAGUAGCAACAAUAGUGCUUUGAAGAUGUCGGACAAGAAGCUAAAAAGCAGGCCUGAGGACGACGUUUAUGGAAAUGACAUGGAGGUCAGUGGUAGCAAUAGUGGGUUCCCUCUAGGGGCCUCUGGGGGGUCCACCCCUUGCACGUUACCCUUGGCUCCGAGUGUGGAUCUGGCUUUGAUUUCACAUUCCUUGCUUCAGCUUAAUAGGGCAGCAGCUGUAGCAGCUGCAGUCUCAAUUGCCUCUGGCUCAUCUUACUCGUCCCCCUCCACCUCCUCAGCCGCCUCGUCUUCUUCGCUAGCCACCUCCUUACUUUCAAAUGCGACCUUAUCGUCGCCGUCUACCAUCGCGGGAUUGCUGAAGGCUUCCAAGCACUCCGAUGAAAACACCCCCCCUCAAGCUCCCAUGCUUUCUCCUGCCGCUUACUCCCAGCUAGCCCACCUGCCUAAGCUUCUCUUCCCAUCAGGUUCCUCCAGCUCUACCUCAAGCGUGCCACACUCAACACUGCACCCGGCUUUAGGCUUGCUCUGCAACCCCUCCAAUCCAGGUUCCCACCCAGGAGCUUCUUCCAGCUUUUCAAACAUGACUUUCCCUUUCUCUCCAUUUCACAAAGCCGUAAGCACUGCCGCGUCCUCUCUAGCCAUCUCGACACCUACAUCUGAAACGUCCAAGUUGCAGAGGCUGGUGGAGAAGCUGGAAAAGACAGCCUCUCAGUCCACUUCCCCAUGGACUUCUUCCGCUAUCUCUACCUCCGCCAUGGAGGCGCAAUCAAGCGAUAGCAGCACUUCUACCACAUAUAUCAUGGCGGCUCCACCCUCCUCUACCCCGGUGGUCUCCGCGUCCGUUUCAAACUUCACCCGACAGAUGGUCGCUGCCCUCGGCAUGGGCGUCAAUAAUGCAAGUGCCGUUGCAGGGGGCUUGCUACCAGCACUGAGCAUCGCAGGUGCAGCCAACAACCUGGCAAGCAAUCAAUGCGGCGUGUGUCUUCGGGUUCUGAGCUGCCCCAGAGCGCUGCGCUUGCACCAAGCCACGCACCUCGGAGAGCGCCCCUUCCCAUGCAAGUUGUGCGGAAGAUCCUUCUCAACCAAAGGCAGCCUCCGCUCACAUCUGGCAACCCACCACGCUCGCCCCCCCAACGCUCGCGUCCACAAUUCGUGCCCGCUUUGCCAACGUAAAUUCACCAAUGCUCUGGUACUCCAACACCAUAUUCGGAUGCACCUUGGAGGUCAACUGCCCCCAGUAGGCACGGAUGAUUCUGCCUGUGAGAUGACAGCCCAAUCGAAUGAGUCCAACCUGGGCGAACAAAGCAAUGCCAAGAGUAAAACACCUCAACCCGGUAACCUGACAAGCCUAUCCCCAAGUCCACAAUUUCCAAACGUCGAAACGGACUCGUGUCCUACUUCCGAUGCUCAAUACGCUGCAACGGCCACCAAAUCUGGCUUUUGUAGCGCAGACCUCAACCCCCCCAGUGACCUUAGCCCCGACCCCUUCAUGAAUAGCGCAACCCGAACUCCACCAGAACCCACCGACGAGCCCCCUUUCCUUUGUGCGAGCGGCCCCCCGCCACUCACCCAGCAAACGGAUGAAUUUCCCCGUAUCGACAAAGACGACAGAAGUGAGCAACCCUCCGGGGAUCUGCUCUCCAAAUCAUCUUCACCCCUUUCCCAAACCACUGACGUUAUGGCCGUGGACUGUGAUGAAACGGUCACGGUCACUAUCCCCCGCCCCGGAUCAAAUCCGCAGGAACAGCAAAGCACACCUCCAACCUUUGCUUAUAACUGUCCACAGAAUCAAGAUGUUACUACAGCUGUAGGCAUUCCCGCCCCCGAUCCAGGCCUAGUCUCCUGCGGGGUCCAAUCACCUGGACCUAGGGAAGACGACGGAGAUGAGUUUUGUACUCCGACAACACCAACGCGAGCAGAAGUGCCUGAGGAAUACCCCCAGAUGAUGUCAGCCUCAGAAAGUGCAGAAAGUGAUGCACAUAGGGCCUCCGCUUUCACAAGGGACCCAGGUCAGAACUUUCAUUUUGCCUCAUACGACAGAAACAACCAAAUAGACGGUGUGAACAAGAUGAAUGCAUCUACUCCAAGUGAAGCACCGGAGCUUUCCGUUCCUCUUAGCCUAGCCCCGACUCUCCCAUCUCCAAUCGCUCGCCCCGAGAAGAAGACCUACUGCUGUGCCGAAUGCGGAAAAGCAUAUGCUAGUCGCAGCGGACUGAAGGGACAUAUGAAGCACCAUGGUGUAGCAACCAAAGCCACCCGCUCUUUAGCCCGCAGUAGUCGUUCAUGCGCUGACCAAGCUCAGUCGUCGACAGGUUCCCUGACCAUUCCGGCCUCCACAAGCGCAGCGGGUUUCUGGAACCAGUACCAAGCCUUCCUCAACAACAGCCCUGGGUCCACCGAUGAUACUACUCCCACCGGCCAGGAAAUCAACGAGUCUGCGAAAUCCCCUUUGCAGUCCGAGCUGGAAAAGGGAGCGCUCGAUGAAGCGGGGGAUGAAUGAACGCCUGAAUCGUGCUUCUUUACCUUCUUGUAGCUUUGUCCUUUCGAUAGUCACAGUAAUGUUUGUUUGUGAAAGUUGUGAGUCAAUGGGUUUGGUCUUAUUGCAAAAAAAACAGACAUAUUGUAUAUCACACAAAUGCAAUUAUUCAAGUAAAUCUGUUGUCAGUAAUUGCUGUGACAAGACUGCUGUUGAAGCGUAUCAAUGUUGUACGUCAGAUCUGCUUUGGUUUUCUGUUCGACACUGAAAGGUAUAACGUCUACCUCAGGUAUGCUUUUCAAAUCUGACCUAUUACCAAGAGGCUCGAGCAAAAGAGAUUUCCUUCAGAAAAAAAUUCCCCUUUGCAAUAACAAAGCAGACCAACAGUGUCAAUGCAUUUCUGUGUGCAAUAUGAUCUUGUUUGUCUCCUAUGUUUUUAGUAAUUACAGUACAAUAAUGCAUUGUGGACUAACCAGAAGCACAGCUGCAGUCUUUGUGAAGCUACUGAGGACAUAAACAAUAUGAAUGUUGUUUGGUGCAAAAGUAACCGGUGGCACAAGCUACAACAAAUGAUAGCAAGUUUAUGUUUGUUGUGAACUGUACAUUAAUUAUGUCGGUAUUAAAAAAAUGGAUGGAAAAAAAGAACAAUCAUAUUUU